CCCACCAUGGCCUGGAUGGCGCUUCUGCUCGGGCUCCUCACUUACAGCUCAGGGGUGGAUUCUCAGACUGUGGUCCAGGAGCCAUCAGUGUCAGUGUCUUCAGGAGGGACGAUCACCCUCACCUGUGGCCUUAGCUCUGGGUCAGUCACUACCGGUUACUACCCCAGCUGGUACCAGCAGAUCCCAGUCCAGGCUCCCCAAACUGUUAUCUACUACACAAACAGCCGCCCCUCUGGGGUCCCUGGUCGCUUUUCUGGAUCCAUCAUUGGGAACAAAGCUGCUCUCACCAUCACGGGGGCCCAGCCUGAGGACGAGGCUGACUAUUACUGUAGUCUCUACGUGAGUAGUGGUAAUUACUAUUGCACAGGGGUCCCAAGGGGGAAGCCGUCCUCCAUCCCCUUGAGUCUGGGCUGUGAGCUGAGCUCCAGCCCAGAGCUCACCUGCACCCUGAACAGUGGGUACAGUGUUGCCAGCUAUGUUAUAACCUGGUACCAGCAGAAGCCAGGGAGGCUUCCCUGGUACCUUCUGUCCUACAACUCAGACUCCAUUAAGGACCAGGGCUCCGGGGUCCCCAGCCGCUUCUCUGGAUCCAAAGAUGCCUCGGCUAACACAGGGCUUCUGCUCAUCUCUGCGCUGCAGCCCGAGGACGAGGCUGACUAUUACUGUGCUACAGUUCACAGCAACACUGGUACUUACACGGUGCUCCAGACCCACAGGGAAGUGAGACUAAAAGCUCCCCUGUGCCCUCCCCCUAGACAGUCACUGCUGCUCUUCCUGGACCACGUCUAA